AUGGCAUACUAUAUCACUGACGAAUGUAUCGGGUGUAUGGCGUGUUUGACGAACUGCCCGGUUGAUGCAAUAACGGGCGAUAGGAACAUGCUACACAUCAUCGAUCCGAAUAUUUGCAUUGAUUGCACCGCGUGCGGGAUGGUCUGUCCUGUCGAGGCAAUCCGUGACCAGUUCGGAGAGGUGUGCAAAUUCAUUCGUCGACCCACAUACCGACCUGUUGCCGUUAUCUACGAAGAACUCUGCUCGGGAUGCGACUUCUGUGUCCAUAUUUGCCCAUGGGAUUGUCUUGAACUCAAGGACCCAGAGACCGGCGAACACGCCGAAAGCUUCUUCGGCAUCUGCGAAUUGGUUAAACCCAAGGACUGUGUCGGCUGCAAGUUGUGCGAAGAGGUCUGCAUCAAGGACGCUAUCCGCAUUGAAUCCCCCGUGCUUGUGGAACUCGCUGAAGCCGCAGACUAA